AUGCCCGUCCUCGAGCCUCGAGCCGCAUCGUCGCGCAUCGACCCGACAAAGGACCAGCGCACCACCAUCAUCGUCGCCUGCGUCUACUCGGUCGUCAUCGUCAUCCUCUGGAACAUCCCCAUCCUCAAGCUCAUCCUCUACCCGUUCAAGCUCCUCACGGUCGGGUUCCACGAGUUCUCGCACGCCGCAGUCGGACUGUGCACGGGCGCCAAGAUCGAAUCAAUCGUCCUCGAGCCAAACGAGGGCGGCGCGACGCGCAUGCGCGGCGGCAUCCCCUGGCUCACGCUCCCCGCCGGCUACCUCGGCAGCUCAAUCAUCGGCGCCGCCCUCAUCGCCUGCGGGUUCGACGAGCGGGCCAGCAAGGUGGCCAGCAUCGUCAUUGGCGUCUUUUUCCUCUUUACCCUCUGGUGGGCCCGCCGCGACUGGCUCACCUGGGUUCUCCUGCUGGCCAUGGUGGGCCUCUUUGUCCUCUUCUGGCUCGUCGCAGACUCGGUCGCGCUGCGCUACUUUGUCCUCUUCAUCGGCGUCAUGAACUGCCUCUACUCGGUGUGGGACAUCUGCGACGACCUCAUCUUCCGCAAGGUCAACGAGUCGGACGCCACGGCCUUCAGCAAGGUCGUCGGAUGCUGCCCGCCCCAGGUCUGGGGCGUCAUCUGGCUCUUUAUCUCGCUCGGCUUCUUUGCCGCCGGUAUCGUCAUCGGCAUCGUCGCCUUCAAGACGCCCAUUGCCGAACAGCAGGCCGACAACUUCCUCGACGUCAACCUCAAACGGAGCCUCGCCGGGCUGCUCUGA